AUAUCGUCUCUUGCCUCCGCUUGUUUGCGCUUCCCUAAAGUUAAAUCAAGAUAUUCGCCAACCUUUCGGAAUUGAACUCAGCCGCUCUGCCGUUGGCCCAACCCCCCUAUUCUGCUUCUUUUAGCAUGCAAUACCCAAUCCUGAGGACGCCUCGUCAGACGCCUCGACGCCUCCUUCCAUUUACUUAUACGGAGAGUGAGAUUAUCGGAACGUCUGAUUAUCCUCCAUUAUCCCCGGUUCCUGCUCCUCUCGGCUCCUCCUCAAGCGCACCAACACAUGCCAAUUCCUCCAAUCUUUCCCAGCCUACUAGUAGUGGGGUAGAUCUUGAUUGCUUUCUCGAAAUCAAAAUUCCGUCUGCUGAGGAAGUAUCUUUUAUUUCCGCUGAGACAAGUCUCAGUCACACGGGUGGGAACUUGUCUCGUGACCAAUCCGACCAUGGCCUACUUUACAAAAUUAGCCCUUCUGACAUCGCAAUCCUAGCGGACAUUGGUAUCGGACUUCCUCCUGCAGAGCUUGAAAGUGGCGUCGAUUGGGCCUACGUCUACGAUACGAAAGGUGUGGCUUGGUUCACACGAUUUUGGCGCCCUGAUCAUGUUAGGAAAGGAGAGAAAAUCUGGAUCAUUCAUAGCAUCAAUGGAAGGAUUGGCCGAUUUGGGUUGUCUGGUCUGACGCCAGCCGAGUUCUGUGAGAAGGGCAAUGAUAAUAUGUCGUUGCACUCCGUAAACAACGACAUGACUCAGCCACCUGAUCGAGCAGGUGACGGGAAUAUAAAGGCGAUUGUUCAAGAUGCUGGCGGGAGAAUCGGACGGUUCGGGCCUUCCGGCCUGACAGUUGGCGAAGUCUUCCGUCGCAUGACUAGCCAUGGAGUUAGUUCCCGACGAUCUGAAAGUAAUGAUACGAGUGGGAGUCACGGAGAUCGGAUUGAGACUGAAAACGACGCACCGAUUGGUCCCGGCAUUGGGGAAAGCCUUCACCGAUCUGAUCGAUCUUGUUUGGUUUCAAAUGAAUUCUCCCAACCCAUGAACGAUGAAGAGCAAGAAAGCUUGAACUUGGCUAAAAGCCACAAGGCUCCGUGAGGAGUCGAGACAAUAUUGACGUAUGGUCAACCCUGACAAAUCUCAGUACUGGAUUUUCUUCUUUUCCUUGUUUGCUCCCCACAUUGGUCAUUUAGUAGUGGUGGCACUGUGCUCUAUUUUAGGGAUGAUUUUGAAGUAUGAGGUCGU